AUGGAACCUACUCGAGCAGCAAUUACUUCCAGAGUUACCAAAUCUUCAGUCAGGAAUUCAAGUAAGUUCAUUAUUCUUACUGAUGAAGAUGAAUCUGAUGCUGUUGAUGUUGUGUCUAACCCCACUCCAACCUUAGCUUUACCUUCUCCUAUUCCUGAAUCCACACCUGUUGUUCAAACAACCACUCACAUCUCACCACCUAGGCCUUCAUUCUUUCAACCUUCCAUUGAGGAAGAACCCCUCUGGCAAAUGCUUCAAAAUCCCAAACCCUCUGAACCAACCUCACCUAUUAUACUUUCAUAUAAUCCACAAACCUCUGAAACACAAGCUUUUGAAAAACAAACCUCUGAAAAGCCAGACUCCGAACCAAAAUCACCUGAUCACUCUGAUCGAGAAAAUCUCUCUCCCGCUCCAUCUGUUUCCUUUCCUACCAACACUCAAUUUUCCUCACCAUCCAACAAAUCUGAAUCCAAUCGCCAAUUCGUUCAAAUUGCAAGUGAAAGGAUCUCAGAGAUUCCUGAGCAUUUCAUCCAAGUUCCAAGUCCAAACCGCUAUCCUGGACCUAGACCAGAACCUCUGGUUGCUCCUAAUUUCACAAUCAAUGCGGUCCCUCUAAACUCAGCAUCACCUCCUCCUCCCUCUCCUCCUUCUUCUCCUCCUCCUCAGAAGGAAAAGGAUAUCCCCAAAGGGUCCCUUUCAAAUCUCUCUUCAGUCAAAUCUGCUGAUUUUGAGUUUCCAAAUGUUGACACUGGCACUUCAAACCAAAACCCUGAGACCAAUACCACUGCUCCUAAGACUCUGAAUAUUGGCUCUCCUCAAGGUACCUCUGAAGCCACUAGCAGUAAUCAUCCUCCCUCACCUGAAACCAAUAUGUCCAUCAUCCCAUACACUUACCCUAAACCAGACACUCUGUAA